AUGAGCCGCACAGCAUCCAUGACACCGAAUAGAUCUGUACGAGUUGUGAGUAGGUCUGUGCUUAUACCACAUGUUGUCCGACGAUGUUCACUUGUCCCACUGCUACUGUUUUGCUUGGUCGGUCUGGUUUGGCAAGUUCAUCACCGGUACGAGAAACAAAUCCUCCUAGUGGAUAUCCAAUCUCAGCCAACGUUCAUGCCCAUCGACAAGACCAACGAAACAUUUGCAGUGUCCGCUUUUCUCGGAGUGGACAAGUUGUGGGUGAGAAUAUUUGUGUUCAAGAAAACUACGGCAAAUCCCCUGGUCUAUUGUUAUUAUGCGGAUGCUACUCUGGGUUUACGGUUUGGUACACCCGUCAGUAACACCAUGGAGACUUUCGCCGUUCGCGGACAAAAGUUUGGUUUCAAAUCACUAGUGGAAAAUACGGGUCUGUACCGAGGCUAUGUGAUAUUUUGCAAACUAAAUGAGACUUACCUCAGGGCAGUGCUGGAGGGACGAUUGGCGGUUGCACUUCAUUUGGGAAUAACGUCUUCAAAACCCCCUGUCUUUCUACCAAUACAAGUUGCAUUCGUUCAAGACUACCAGAAGCAGGAUUUUAUCAACACUGUGGGCUUGUGUACGAUGCCACUGGUAAAGACUGAUGAACUGAUUCAAUCCGCACUAGUUGAGUACAUUGAGCUACAACGCUUGCUUGGAGUAAAGCUGAUUAUGUUUUACGUAACAGAUCCAAAGGAGGAGGUUCUCGGUCAGGUGCUUAAGAGUUAUCAGGAUCGCCCCUCACUUGGGAUUGAUAAAAAUGAUUUCAAAGUCCAGGUUAUUUCGUGGCAGCUUCCUGUUGGUAAUCUUGGCAAGUCUACUUGGUAUCAUGAUCCAAUCUUAAGUUAUAAUGAUUGCAUAUAUCGCAUUGCUCCUCACACGGAAUAUAUUUUUCAUGCCGGUUUCGAUGAAAUCUUUGUACCAACCACAUUUAACAACAAAUCAACACUAGGCAAGUGGAGUAGCGUGAUCGCCGUGGCUCAAGAAGGGAUAUAUGCUACCAAGUCUGUGUCAUGUUUCCCAACUCGUUAUUUUCUUCCACCGCAAAUCGGUUCUGAUCAUUCUAAUGGAGUAUCGAUGUACCAGCGCGUCAAAGCAUUACGUCAUGUGGUCACCGACAGAAAGAAGUGUCUUGUUCAGGCUGGUUUGGCAAGGGAGGUGUACUUAUACUGGCCAGUGAAACCGCGGUCGUUCAACUUGCUCAAGUUGUACGGAGUGGUGUUUAACUACGGCGUCUGCAUGGAAACCGAGAUAGCAGAAUGCAAAAGAAAGUCGAACACUGUACAAAUCAAAGACCUAUUGCCUUAUCUGGCGCAAAUCCAAUAUACGGUUUCGCAGAGGCUGCGAUUCAUAGAAUCAGGAUCAGUAGUUUAA